AUGACUCGUAGUAAAAAUGGCUACCAAUGGCAUGAAGAAUAUGAUGGUGCUACUGUAGCAUUUAUGAUUAUUGGUGCUGCCCUUGUAUUUUUCAUGGUUCCUGGAUUAGGUUUCUUAUAUUCUGGUCUAGCCAGAAGGAAAAGUGCCCUUGCUUUAAUCUGGGUCGUUCUAAUGUCUACUUUAGUAGGUAUGUUACAAUGGUAUUUUUGGGGUUAUUCUUUAGCAUUUUCCAAAACCGCUAAAAACCAUAAAUUUAUAGGAGAUUUGAAUUCCUUUGGUUUUAGAAAUGUAUAUGGUAAAGUUAAUGAAUCAGAUGCAUACCCAGAGAUUGCAUAUGCAGGAUUUCAAAUGAUGUUCAUGUGUGUCACUUUAAGUAUUGUAUCCGGUGCAACAGCAGAAAGAGGUAGAUUAUUACCACAUAUGGUGUUUCUGUUUCUUUUUGCCACUGUUGUAUAUUGUCCAAUUUGUUAUUGGAUUUGGUCUCCUGGUGGAUGGGCUUAUCAAUGGGGAGUUUUAGAUUGGGCAGGUGGAUUUCUUGAGAUUGUUAGUGCAGUCGCGGGAUUUGUUUACUCCAUUUUUCUGGGUAGAAGAAGAGAAAAAUUAUUAAUUAAUUUUAGACCUCAUAAUGUCUCAAUGGUUACUUUAGGAACAGGGAUACUAUGGUUUGGUUGGUUAUUAUUCAAUUCUGCAAGCUCUUUGAGUCCGAAUUUAAGAUCUGCAUACGCUUUCUUUAAUACCAAUAUUAGUGCAGUUACGGGCGGAAUGACAUGGUGUUUAUUAGAUUAUAGAACAGAGAAAAAAUGGUCUACCGUUGGUCUUUGUUCUGGUAUCAUUUGUGGUCUAGUAGCAGCUACACCAUCAAGUGGUUGUAUUACAUUAUACGCAUCAUUAAUCCAAGGUAUUGUUGCAGGUGUCGUUUGUAACUUUGCCACUAAAAUUAAAUAUUAUUUAAAUGUCGAUGAUUCAAUGGAUCUAUUGGCAGAACACGGAAUUGCCGGUAUUGUUGGUCUAAUAUUCAAUGCACUAUUUGCUGCCGAUUGGGUUAUCGGAAUGGAUGGUUCUACAGAACAUAGAGGUGGUUGGUUAACUCAUAAUUAUAAACAAAUGUAUAAACAGAUUGCUUACAUUGCAGCAGUAAUGUGCUAUUGUGCUGUGGUAACUGCAAUUAUAUGCUUUGUUCUAGAUAUAAUACCAUUUGUAAAAUUAAGAGUCAGUGAAGAAGCUGAAGCAAAUGGGUUAGAUGAAGAUCAAAUCGGUGAAUUUGCUUACGACUAUGUUGAAGUUAGAAGAGAUUAUUAUGAAUGGGGUGUUGACACUGAUAAUAUGCAUGGAUCUGAUAAUAAUAAUCAAGAUACCGAUUCAGAUGUAAUCACCAAUACAAAGAAUGACAUACUUCAAAAUAAGAUAUCUCAUCGCGUUGUACCAGCUAGUGACAUGACUGUAGAAACAUAUUUACCUUAUUCGGCUUCAUCAAAUGAGAAUAAUGAUAAUGGUGAAGUUAACGAAAAGAGGAUUUCUCAAGAUGAUCUUGAGUUAACUCCACAACCACCCCAUGAGGAUUCAAUUUCCCAGAGUUAA